ACUAGUUUCCGGUACAAAAGAGUUCCAUAAUUAUUCCAAAAGGAAACACAGAUUGUUGUGAAUAGGUUGUUUUAGUGGGCAACAUCGAAGAAAAAUGUAAAAUGACAAUUUUAUCUCCGAUUGGGCCAAACAAUGGACAAGAAGAUGGGAUACACAAGAUAAUAUGAUGCUCCCUUUUACAAUGGAAGUUGACUUUUUUCCUCCUCUGUUUCUAUCUGAACAGUCCCAUUCAAAUCUAGCAUAUUUUUUAACGAAACGAAGCAUGUUUUAUUUAUUUUUAGAUAUUUAUUAUUAGUAAUAGUCCUGGUUUGAUUAGAUAAAAAUGUCACUAUGCAUCAAAAAUGAAGAAACAGAAAUAAUACAAUGUGUUUAAAAGGUUUGUAAGUUAUAACUUAUCAAAAGGCAAAAUAUAAAAAUGAAGAAAAAAAAGACAGUCAUUUAUGCAGCAUUCAUUGCCAUUUGUGUAUAUUUCUUUGUACAAGUAAGUUACUUUAAUGAGGCAUAUAGCCCUCUCCAAGUUCUGUCUGAUGCCCGGAGUGAAGCAAAGCGUCUACUGCGGUUUAUCACUCUUCAACAUUUCCAAUGUAACUCCACUAUACAAAUUUCAAAUAACACAUACUGGCCUAUCUGUAUAGAAAAGGAAGGAGGGAUCAACAUUGACAGCAGAGGGAAGAAAAUAGCUUAUUCUGUUGGACCCAAAGGGGAUUUGGAAUUUGAAAGGAUUAUUGCAAAAAAUUUGUCUUUUAAUCUGUACCUGUUUGGUACAGGCUUAACAACUUCAGAUUUUUCUGUCAACUCUAAUAACACGCGCAACAUGCACAUAUCUGUUGUACCGAAUGAUCCUGCUGAUUUUGUACGCAACUCCUAUGAUACACAGACAGUUAAUAAUGUGAUGCUUAGUCUUGGCCAUACCUAUAUAGACAUUCUAAAGAUGGACCACUUUAUGGACAGCAGUCACUCACAUGAUGUCCUCUACUUCAUGAUCAAAGAUGACCUUCUGUCUCGGGUUGGACAACUCCAUAUUGCCCUCCAUAUUGACAAGGUUGAUGAUGACUACCUGUACAGUUGGUACCGUGCUUUAUACAAUCUGUUCCACGAUGCUGGAUUCCGUUUAUACCACACUGCCGCAAAUGACCAGCUCUGUCUUCAAGUCACUCUCAUGGAGUCUUGUGUUUAUUAUAUGUCAUGGGUCAGGGACCCUGGUCCAAGAGCCUCCAUACUCUACCCUCCUGCCCAGGAUGGAUCAGAGGAAUCUGAAGUGGAGCGUCUUGUUGACUACCUAGAAGAUGAGGAGGCGACUUGUUCAGAUAGUUUAGAUAUUGGAUUAUCCAACUCAUUGCCAUUGGGCAUCUGUUUGAAUGAGGGAUACUUACAUAAGCCUUGUAACAUCAUCAUAGUACGGAACAAACAUACCAGUGUUACAGUGUCAAGUCUGUCCAAAGGUCAGUGUCAUGCUGUGGUGCUGGAGACCCAAUCAUCUAGCUACAACUAUAACAUCCAUGAAUUCUUCGUAAAUGUUAAAGGGUCCUUGUUGCCAGUGAUGAAACACCACACCACCCUGAUUGAUGCUUUAGACCAACACCUUCACACUGGGAGCUCAAAUAUCCUGUACCUGGACAUGCCAGAGCUUUUCUGGGACAUGAUUGGUCCCCUCUUAGACUCUGGACAUAUGCAGAGUGUGAAUCAACUGAUAGUAGAUGUUGAUGUUUGGAAUGAACUUAGCGUGAAGCCAUCACAUAAUAUCCGCAGGAGAUUCAGUGAACUUAAAAGAAUUGGAGCCUAUGGGUUCCAGAUCUACAGGUCAAAGACUCUGCUGGAUACCCAUACUUUACACUUCCAGAGCAAUCUUAAAACUAACAGAAAGUGUUGUCAUAGGAUCAACUUUGUACGUACCAAGCAUGUCAGUAUUACAUAAUUCAUGCUGUCAUUGAAUCCAGGUCAUGAUUGUGUUUGUGAUAGAUGUGUGUGUUGUAGUUAGUUAGGAUAAUAUUGAGUAUUUGUUGAAAGUGAAGCAUUGAUUAAAACUUCAGGAUGGACUUUUUUUUACCAGACUCGAGACUGAACAACCUGUGCCAUGAUGCAUUAACUAUCAUUUAUCCAGUGUUUAUCUAUCUUUUCACACUUGUAACGUCUUAAAGCAAAAUUGUUAACAUAAAGCAUUGGACUUAGGUUCAACAUGCCAUUUGGCUUGGUCAAGAAUUUGGCAACAGUUGUUUAAAUGGAUUUUUAGGUCACCUGAGUCAAAGCCUCAAGUGACCUAUUCUUAUUGCCUUAUGUCUGUCAUCUUGCAUCAUCUGUCCAUGAACAAAAUACAUUUUCGACCUCUUCUCAGAAACUCUUGAACCAAUUUCAAUAAAAUUUUGCAGGAUCCUUCCAUGAUCAGUAGUCUACAGAAACUUUGAAUUAUAUGGUCCCCACCCCCAGGGGACUGAGGGGCGGGGCCAAAAGGGGUCCUAUUGACUGAAAUUUGAAAAAUCUUCUUUUCAAGACCCAAAUAAGAUAGCAUAUAAUACUCUUCAUAGAUGGAAGGUUUUUAAGGUGCUUUACAUGUUGGCCCUGACUGACACCCAGGGGCUGAUGGGUGGGGCCAAAAAGGGUCAAAUUAACUGAAGAUUCAUAUGACAUCUUAAGACCCAAAUAUAGUAGAAUCAAAUACUCCUCAUAUAGGUGGAAGACUCUCAAAGUGUUUUACCAAAAUUGUGAAUUUAAUGACCCUGGGGUAAACUUUACAAUAGUUUAUAUAGGGAAAUCAGAUUUUUGACCAUCAUUUGUUUGAUUUCUAUUGGAAUUCAUUCUAACUUGGUUCAAAUUAGCAGUUUGGGAUGACAGUUUGAUGGUAUACACAUGUUGGCCCUAACUGACCCCUGGUUUUAUGAGUGGGGGCAAAAAGGGUAAAAUUAACUGAAAUAUUUCAAAACUAAGGUGACCGUUUAGGCUGAUCGGUCUCUAGUUUGUGAGAGCUCCCGAUUUUUGCAUGUGCCUACAAAAUUCAGUUGCACUGAAUUAUGUAUGUACAUGUACUUUGUUUUAUAUGAAUAUACACAUCAUACAUUUGAUAUCAUGUACUGUAUGUAUAAAAUCUUUACAAGUAGAUGCUUGGCAUUUCUGUAAAAAUAGUUACAUUUGUAUUUUGAGAAGGACAUCCUAUUCAAGAUUUUAAUGAAAGAUUUUCCCCACAAUGAACUUAAUGUAAUCAACUUAACAAGCUAUAUGAAUUUUUACGGUCAAAUGUCUUUUGAGCAUGGUAUUUAUCUUUAUGUAUGUAGUAUGAACUUGGGUUGUAAGUUACUCAAAGGUCAUAAAGUGUUCAUAAACAUGUAGAUUUUUAUGAAAUUAGUUAUAUAGAAUGUCUUUUAUCAGGACAGUAGUUGUAAUUUUACUAUGAUACCAUACCUUAAGUAGAUCAUACUUGCCAUGCAGUGUUAUUAAAUAUAUUAUACUCUAUACUACAAGCUAAUCCAAUUUUCUCUUUGUGCUCAUCUAGAUUAGUUUUUUUCCAAGAUUGUUUGAUGGCAAGCUGUAUUUUUCUGCAAUGUUAUGCCUCAAUCAUCCCCCACCUUCCCCCUCAGCCAGCCAGAUUACCUGGGUAGUUUUAGUGCUGUAUCUACUGAUAAGGCCGGAUUACCUGGGUAGUUUUAGUGUUGUAUCUACUGAUAAGGCCAGAUUACCUGGGUAGUUUUUGGUGUUGUAUCUACUGAUAAGGCCAGAUUACCUGGGUAGUUUUGGUGUUGUAUCUACUGAUAAGGCCAGAUUACCUGGGUAGUUUUAGUGCUGUAUCUACUGAUAAGGCCAGAUUACCUGGGUAGUUUUAGUGUUGUAUCUACUGAUAAGGCCAGAUUACCUGGGUAGAUUUAGUAUUGACAAGUUUGGACUUAAAAUGCACCUGGAAAAUUGAGAAAAAGUGCUGGAUUAGUGGUUGAAAAAUGCUUGAUUUGUGGUAUGAAAAAUCUGAAAGAACCAUGAAAUGUACCAAGAUAAGAUCUGAAGGAAUUAAAGUCUACUGAAUCAGCAUUAUACUCGAUUCAAUCACCAUUAUUAAAUGUUUCAGUAGGACAAAUCUCUUUAUCUUAUGACCUUUUAAAUUCUCCAAAUGUUGAAUUCACUGUUUGUAUUGAUCAUUUCUAUAUAGCUGUUUAUCUCCAUUUUUACCAAUGUGAAGGAUAUAGUAUAUCGAAGGGAGUGGGGAUGGGAACUGAUUUUUAUGUAUCACACCGUUGUCAAUGUUGUGUUUUAGUGUUGUAUUAUGUACAUAUGCACAAGAUUAGGGAUACAAUUCUGAAAGAAGUACCUUGGGUUGUAUUGAUCUAAAAGUUAUUGGAUAUUUAGUCCAGUAAAUAAACAGAGUGAAAAUGUAUUUCCUGAUGUCAACUAGUAACAUCAGUUCUAUGAGGAAUAUUUUCUGGUAGAACAACAUUGUAGAUGUACCACUGUAAGGGCCAGUAUGUUAUCCCUCAGCCAGUCUAGUGGUACACAAUAGUGUAAAGUGAUAUGUGUCCUUCUGUGGCCAUCUGUCAUUUUGUCCUACUUUAUAAUUUCUAGUCUAAACAUUUCUCUAUCCUUGAGUUAUGUUGGUGAUCAUGCAGAUUUUUUUGUUUACUUUGUUAAAUAUUAGAAGAUAAUUUAAUUAAAUGUUUAUUUUGUAAUUUCACAUACUCAUUGCAGCCUGGUAGCUUUGCAACUUUUCAUUAUUAUUGUCUUUUAAAAUAAUAUCAUUUUAAAUACUUUAAUAUUAUCAAGCCUAUUUAUUUUUUGUACAAAAACUGGAAUAAAGGUAGUACUUCUAUGAAAUAUAAGCCUGGUGUUUGUUGAUACUGUUAUACAGAAAAUUUAAGCAAUCCCAAUGAAUAAAAGUCCUUGUUUUGAAAUUUCA